AUGCUUAGUUAUGUUUAUUUACAUCUAUCGUCAUGCGGUUGGAAUUUCCCUUGGAAAAAUGAUAAACAUGAAGAAUCGUCCACAGAAAAAAAAACAGAAAAGAGUUUUAAGGAUGACGAACCAAGUUCACCCCCACCAAUAGAAGAUGAUGAUUCUAAAUUGCCUCUACCUAAAGACACUAAUGUGUUAUCAUUUGAUAACAAUGAGGAUGAGUCUUCGAGGGAAAGUUCAGCUCAACCAACAAAAACGACUCUUGAAAAUGUGUCCGCAAUGCCUAAUGAGGAGUUCGAUGAAGAGUCUUCCAAGUUUGCUAACUCUGAAAAGAAAAUUAAAUCGAUGCCAACAACAAGUACUAACUCUACAGAUAAAAUAGUGAACUACGUUUCUUUAACGACUACUCAAAUCACAGAUAGCUCAACACCAACAACUGAAAAAUCUGAAAGUGAAAGCUCUACAACUGAUAACACAAAUACGCCAACAACCACAGAAAACACGCUGAAUGUUACUGAUGAUGGUAAUAAUGUACCUCGCAACGCUGAUGAAGAUAGAGAAGAUUCUAAGGGUACUUCUUCCGUAGUAAGUUCAUCAACAAUUUCUAGUUCGCUUGAAAACUCCAGCUUUGAAAAUGAGGUGGUAAGCAAUUCUUCGGAAUACAUUCUUCCUGAAGUUACUUAUGCUCCUAAUGACAAAGAUAUAAGUAUAUCGAUUGAUGAGGAAAAGGAGCCCACAUCGGAUGACCAACAAAUUGGAAGAAAAGAUAAAGAAAUUCAUUCACCUCGCAAUGUCACUGAUGAAGCAGAUUACUCAACACAAAUAAUAACAACUGAAAACUAUGAAAGCGGAGACUCUACAACUGAUAUGACCAAUACGCCAAAAUUCACAGAAAACAUGCUUAAUUCUACUUCCAAUAAUGAAGCUCGCAAUGUCAUCAAUGGUACAGAAAGCUAUGAUAAUGAUAAAAAACGUGGUACACUGGUUGGUUCUGGUUCAACCGGCAGUUUCUUUGUUAAUUUCACUUUAAAUGUCUGUGUUUUUCUAGGUGAUCUUUUGUUUUUCAAUUCAUCAUUCACAUAA